CCCAUUUUUUUCAUGUUUUUUUCUUAUAAACUAGCAAUAGAAUCAAUCUUUUCUUUUAGCUUUUAAAAAUACUGAUAAAACAUUUGGUAACAUGUCAUGCAGGGUCCACAUAAACUACAAACCAACCAAGCAAUAUGGGGUCACAAAUUAAAUGGAAAAAAGGAUACAGCCAGCUUGCAACAACUAAGCACAACCUUCUGCUGAGAUUCCUGCAAAAUAAAUAGCACAACAUUCCCAUAAUAUUUCUCAUAAGCUCCCAUGAUUUCCUCACACAUGGCUCCUCUUUACCAUCCCAAUUUUCUCCUCACAAGUCUUCUAACUCUUACCAAGAUCAUCCUGAUUUACUCGCGUGGGCCCGUCUACACGCCUCCAGCUGUCGAGAGAUUAACAGACUCUUUCGCUCGAUUAUCGGUUAAUCAGAGCUAUUACGUGUCAUAUGGAGGGAAUAAUGUGCAUGUGACUGGCAAUGGGACUAGUGUCAAUCUCAGCUUAGACAAGUCCUCAGGAUCUGGGCUGAUGUCUAAGAAUAAAUAUUAUUAUGGCUUCUUCAAUGCUGCCAUCAAACUGCCUUCUGGUUUUACAUCAGGAGUUGUGGUGGCAUACUAUUUAUCUAAUGCAGAUAUUUACCCUCACAACCAUGAUGAAAUUGACAUUGAACUUCUUGGUCACGAGAAGAGACGAGAUUGGGUCCUUCAGACUAACAUAUACGGUAAUGGAAGUGUAAGCACAGGUAGAGAAGAAAAAUUCUACCUCUGGUUUGAUCCCACGCAAGGCUUUCAUGACUACAGCAUCCUUUGGAACAAUCAUCACAUAGUGUUUCUUGUGGAUAACAUACCUGUAAGAGAAGUGAUUCACAAUAAUGGUGUCUCCUUUGUCUAUCCAUCAAAGCCAAUGUCGAUUCACACCACAAUAUGGGACGGAUCCGAAUGGGCAACCCACGGAGGCAAAUACCCUGUAAAUUACAAAUUUGCCCCUUUCGUGGUCUCAGAGACAAGAAUCCAAAUGGAGGGUUGCAUUGCAAAUAAAAUAACUACGUCUUCUUCGUGUUCGAGGAGCAGCCUCUCGAGCUUAGACCCUGUUGAUGGUGAACGAUUUGCAAAGUUAUCGAGCCAACAGAAAACGGGCCUGGAUUGGGCUAGGAGGAAGCACAUGUUCUACUCAUAUUGCCAAGAUAAGCCCAGAUACAAAGUUAUGCCACAAGAAUGCAAUGCAACACACUAGAAGCUAGUGCAUAUCAUUUAUUCUUUUGCAAUUAUUCGUACAUGAAACAGGAUAAAUGGAAGGAAGUUUGCAAUAUACAGACUAAUGCUAGUCGAAAUGAAAAUCUCCAAAUGUCAUUAAGAUAGAAGUUUAAGAUAAUUCAAAUAAUUAUUACACUGAUACAUAUCAAUCCAACUGCAUGAUUAGAUGAACAAAUAUGAUUUUUGGAAACUACAAUACAACAACAACAACAACAACUACAAUACCCCCUCAAAAUCAGUAACAGCAACUGAA